CACACUACCCACUCGAUGGGUAAAUACGCCGUGGCCGCUUCUCAACGCGCCGCAAGAAGACACCGUAGACACCCCCUUCCUCCCAAUAUUUUCAGACGUACAGAAAGACAAGUAAAACAGAAAGAAAAGAGCAAAAACUCCAAACUAAUCAAAUAUGGCGAAUGCUUAGACAUCCCACUAUGCCGUCCACAUCGCCACCGACAUGGUCCAUGUCCACAACAUCUUCCUCCGCGCCCUCAACAGCAUCAUCCUACAAUCACCAUAUGUUGUUAAACCGGGAGACAUUGUAGACUUGCUGUUCUACACCAAAACAGUCGUGAUUACCAUUGAUGCUCACCACUUCGGGGAAGAGGAAUACCUGUUCCCAGCACUAGCAGCCUAUACGAAGAACCAGGACAUCAUGUCCGUGAACCAGGCCCAGCACGCUGCUUUCCACACAGGGCUGUCACGCCUAGGUGAAUACUGCAAAUCUACUAGCCCGGCCGAGUAUUCGUACACGACGUUUAAGGGCCUGAUCGAUGCCUUUGCGCCGUCAUUGUACGAGCACCUGCGCGAUGAGAUUCCCACCAUGCUCGCUCUCAAGGUGUACCCGAGCGACGAGCUCAAGCGCAUGUGGGUUCAGGCCGAGAAGCACAUUACCGAUGUGGGGAGCUACGAUGAGAUGUUCCCUUUGGCGUUCGGAUGCAUGGAUCGCGGGUUUGAAGGCGGGAGGCACAAGUUCCCGCCAGCACCUUGGUGGGUUGCAUGGGUCGUCCAGUACUGGUUCGCCAGGCGGCAUCAGAGCGUGUGGCGUUUCAAUCCGUGCGAUAUGUGGAGGGUGCCACGGCCGCUGAAGUUCCUGCCAAUAGACAUGGACGGAGAGUUGGAUACUUGAUGCCUUGGGCGGCGGGAG